UCCAUGGAUCUUAGAUCUAUCGGUGACGAUCUCGAUCAAAGAGAUCUCUCAACGACCUGUCGAAAUGUCGCAACAAGAAAUCGGAUCUCAACAAGCCUCGCCAGACCCCCUUAUUCAACCUAAUACUACUGAUGCGCUCACACCCACAAAGUCGAACACAAACACAACAAACCCAAACACAAACACAAACACAAACACAAACACCCCAACUACCCGCCGUAAAAAACGUACCAAAACCUCGAUCGCGUGCGAAGCCUGCCAGACGAGGAAAUCCCGGUGCGAGCUCGUCACCGCCAAGGGGUGUCAUCGAUGUGCGGUCUUGGGUACGGCGUGUUCGCUCGUUGGGUCGGGGAGAGCUUCAACGUCGACGUCGACGUCGACAGAUUUGAGGAAUGGGUACGGCCUGUUGGCUUACAACAGCAACGAUGAAUUACGAUCACAACACCACGCACAAAGAGAUCCUUCUAGGAUCCCCGGGUAUGGACCCCAAGCUUCGGGAUCGAGAGAAUCUAGAUCUAGCAUCAUCGACAAGUAUGACGGUAUAACAUCUUUCCCUGGAAACCCACAUCUCAACCACAACCUCAAUUCGCAUCUCAAACGAGCACGGUCCUCUACGGGAAAAGAAGGAUCAUCAGACCGCGACCAAGACCAAGACCGCGACCGAGACCAAGACCAACAACAAGACCAAGAUCAAAACUACGAACCAGAUCAAGAUCAAGAUCGAGGGCGAGGGCGAGAUGGAAGGCGAGACUUGCGAGAGAUCAAGCGUCGGACGAUCGAUAUACAGAACAUGUUGAAGACGAUCCUCUCCUCUCAGCCCCACUCCCAAUUUCAAAAUCAAAAUCAGAUUCGGGAUCAAGGCUCGUCGGGCUUAGCAUUAGCGUCGACAUCAGCAUCAGCACUAGAACCAGCAUUGCCCUUAUCGUUCGUACCAUCAUCGUUAGCUAUUCCUAAUACAUACUCCUCCAUCACUUCCACCUCCACCUCCACCCGGCCCCCAACCACGACCACAUCCACAAACACGACGACCCACCAAACCCAGCAUCACAACCACAACCAUCACACCGAAGAAUCCGACCUCUACGGCAAGACCCACCCAGAAACCGGAGGUCCGAUCGGUUCCUCCUUCCUAGCUCUCGGUUUAGCUAGUCAGCCUGUGUAUCUGGAUCCGAUCGAGUUGGGGGUGGUCUUGCCUAGGGAGAUGGAACGGGUUUAUCAAGUUUUCGUGGAGUUAUUCCCCUGUGCUCUUCCUCUCCACCGGCUCAUCCGCUCACCACGUCAACCACCUAAACAUCCUCUCCUCCGCUCGGCCAUCCUCUACUUCCUCGCCUGCACCUCGAAUUCGAACUCGGUCUCCUCCCCCGCCUCAAUCUCGACAUCAUCUUUUUCAACGCCAAGGCCUUCAUCCCUAAUUUCGUUCUCUCCAAUGACCCGCCGGAUGAUCAUCAAGAUGCUCGAACAAAACCUCUCCCUCAUUACCCAGAACAACAACACCCGACCAGAGAUCGCCUCCAUCGAGAGCUUACUCAUCGUCUCCCUCUCUCCACCUCAUUCGAAUUCUUAUAACCCCGAAGGCACCAACAACGGCAAGUCCAACCCCAACCUAGGGCUCUCGAUAGCGAUAGAGCCUUACAAUGCAGGAGCGCUCGCCCUGGAUCUGGCUAAACGGCUCGGGUUGGACGAUUCCAUGCGGGUCGUCGUGAGGGAACGGGAUGGGAGCGGGUUGGAUCAGUGGGAUACGACGGGGAGUUUGAAUCGGUUGUGUUUGUGGUUUAGCUGUUUGCAUCGUCAGACCUGGCUCAACCUUCUCGGCGGAUCGGGCUCGAUGCUAGACUACAUCUCGCUCAGCAGUAUCCCUACGGCUCUGAGCGAGAGGUACCACGUCAACGCUUGGUACUUUCAUCUCAAGUUCGAGAGCCGACUGCUGGACCUCGUCUUCCCCGUCGUCCGGCAAAUCCAGGUGGUGAGGACGGGCGAGAUGUGGGAUCCCGUCGCCAUGCAAGAGCUGCACGACAGGUUCGUCGUCUUCAAGGCCGAAUGCGAGGUUUGGAGGAGAGACCUCUUGAGUCCGGGUCUGCCAUCACAACCGAGCCUCUGCCUAUUGUCGCACAUCGUCGAGGUCGCCCUGGCAUCCAGGAUCCGCGCCGACAGCGGGGCGUUCAUCUACCCUCCCAUCCACCCCGACAUCGCGUUUCCUCAUCUCAAACGAUACGGUGGACACAUCUUCUUCACGGGCAAGAACAUCAUCCGGCACGUGGCACAAACGCGCCCCGAUCUUUCCUCAAUGCCGGCAUACCUUUCCACGUUCGUCCUGUUCGCCUAUGCUGCCGUCUACCAGGUCAAGAUCAACGACUCGCAGGGCGAGAUGGACGUCUUGUCUGCAGACCUCGCCGUCGCCGAAAGUCUGCUUAGGGAGGUCUACUGUUUCAACCCCAGUAUCGUGGAUAGGGUACAACAGCCGAUCGCCGCUUCGCUCAGGUGGAGGGAAGUGCUCGAGCAUCUCGGGCCCGAUGGCACUCCCAAGGAUACCGCAGCACUGGGCAUGGACACGUUUCAACCGAUGGAUUUCGAGGGUCUGCCUUUUCAACUGGAUCCGGAUUGGUUGGCGUUCUUCUCCAUGGAGGCCGACUUUGGAGAGGGAGCUAUCGACGCCGCUUUCGCCAGCGCCUAGGUCGGCGAGUAGGAACGGUUGUGUUGCAAGCAUUGGAUAUUAAGGAUCCGGGCAGAUAUCGGAUAUCACGGAUCAAGGGUACAACCAUCAAAUCUCACAAUCUCACAACGGCUGAAAAGGGCCACCGUCGGGUCUUUGGUUGCGUCCAUUCCGAUAGCCUCCUUGAAAGACUCCUUGACCGGCACCGGCCGAAAACCCUCGAACCUCCGGUAUCCUCCCUUUGACGCCCGACAUCUCUACGUUCGAGGUCGUCGGGAUGAUCGCGCCCGACGCG